AUGCCCGCCCGAACAUCGGAGCGUCUUUCUCUGAUCUCGAGGCAUUUCAACGAGAAACUGCCCCUCCCCCAGCUCAACACUCCCUUUUCAUCUGAGAGAAACACUCUUCCCCCAGACGACAUUGACGUUCAGGUCUAUAAACCGUCCUCUCCAUCCGUCCUCCUGCAGUCCUCCAAACAAACACCCGCCACCAUGUCUUCGCAAACCCCUCACUCCACCCUGUUGAUCCCCGGCCCCAUUGAGUUUGACGAUGCUGUCCUGCAGUCGAUGUCCCAUUAUGCUGAGAGCCAUGUGGGACCUGCCUUCGUCAAGGUCUUUGGAGAGACGCUGUCGCUAGUCCGGAAACUCUUCCAGAACAUCGAUCCCAAGGCUCAACCGUUCGUCCUCUCCGGCAGCGGCACCCUGGGCUGGGAUCUCGUCGCAUCCAACUUGAUCGAACGGGGCGAGGAUGCCCUCGUAAUCCACACCGGAUACUUCGGAGACUCCUUCGCAGCAUGCUUGGAGACAUACGGGGCGAAGGCCACACAGCUCAAGGCCCCCAUUGGUGAUCGCCCGUCCCUACCCCAGAUCGAGCAGGCGCUCAAGGAGAAACCAUACAAGAUCGUCACCAUCACCCACGUCGAUACCUCGACCGGUGUACUGAACGACAUUAAGGGCAUCGCCGAGGUCGUCCGCCGCAUCAGUCCCGAGACUCUAGUCGUCGUUGACGGCGUGUGCAGUGUCGGAUGCGAAGAGAUCGCCUUCGACGCCUGGGACCUGGACGUCGUCUUGACUGCCAGCCAAAAGGCCAUCGGUUGCCCUCCUGGGUUGAGCAUCGUCAUGACCUCCGGUCGUGCCAUUGACCGGUUCAAGUCCCGCAAGACCCCUCCGUCCUCGUACUACGCCUCUAUGGCAAAUUGGCUGCCUAUCAUGCAGAACUACGAGAACCAGAAAGCUUCUUACUUUGCAACACCAGCUACCCAGCUCGUCCAUGCCCUCCACACUACCCUCAAACAGAUCACCGCUCGUCCUCUGUCUGAGCGCGUGGCUAUCCACGCCCACGCGUCUGACAAGGUCAAGGCCGCCGUUGCUGAGCUCGGCCUGUCCCAACUCGCUUCUAAGCCGGAGAAUCAAGCCCACGGUAUGACCGCUAUCUACCUCCCCGAGGGCCUGACUCCCCCAGAUGUCUUGCCUGGUCUAGCGAAGCGCGGUGUCAUCUUUGCUGGCGGUCUGCACAAGGAGAUCGCUUCCCGGUAUAUCCGAUUCGGUCACAUGGGCGUCAGUGUCACUGAUCCUGCCCGCAAGGACAUCGACAAUGCAAUUGCUUCCUUGAAAGAGGUUGUUGUCGAGGCAAAGAAAGCCAAGGGACUGUAA